GCUGUGCGCAUGCGAAGCCAUUUUGAUUCUCUUUCAUUCCAGAAGAAGGAAGGAGGAUGGCUACAAAUAAUUACUUCGGUUUUACGCAUAGUGGCACGCAGUAUGGUACUGCAGGGGCAGCUGCGUAUCAGACUGGGCAGACAGGGUAUGCCGUCACCCCAACUGCAGCAACUGCUGCCACCUACACUGCACAGAGAGCCGGUACUGGGUAUGAGACUGCAUACCAGACUGCCGCCACUCAUACCACAGCUGGUACAUAUGCAGGUUGGUACCACUACAACCUACCAGACCAAGAGGAAACAUCCAUAACUGGUGAAGGGAACAGACUAAAAAAUUGGCGGACCGAUCCUACAGUUGUUCCAAAUUGUAUUCCUAACCAAGAACAAGUAGGCGCAGGCACACCAGCUGCAGGAACAACUUACGAUUAUGGCUAUGGGCGUACUGCCCAGACCGCAUAUGACAGCACAAAGACGUAUUAUCAGCAGCCAGCUGCAGCAGCUGCUACGUACUCAACGACUGAUACUCAUUAUCAAGCAUCCAAACCAGCAUUUAGUACAAGCACAUACACUGCAACAACUCGGCAAGUGACUCAAGCAACCCCAAAAGCUGCAUCUUACAGUUCUGCAUACACUACACAGGGGACUCCAGGAGCAAGUUAUUCAACAGGUUACACUGCUGCUGCACCUCAGACGACAAAUACGACUAAAGCUGCCGCCAAUACAACAUAUUCAGGAUACGAUGCAGCAUUGUACAGUGCUGCCACCAUGUAUGUGGCACAGCAGGCGCAGACUGGCGCAGGAACUGGGGCAGCUGCUGCAGUCACUACAAACACAGGUACUGCAAAAUCAACCAGCUCUUGGCAAGGAUACAAGAAAGGACCAAUGUCUGGUGGUAUGAAGACCAUGAAACCAAAGCAACCCCCCAAACCACAGCAGCUGCACUACUGUGAUGUUUGUAAAAUCAGCUGUGCAGGUCCGCAGACAUACCGUGAACAUCUAGAAGGUCAGAAGCAUAAGAAAAAGGAAUCUGCAUUGAAACUUGGGUCAGCUCCAGCAGCUCGAGGUGGCAACGCCCUGCGUUGCGAGUUGUGUGAUGUGACUUGUACUGGCUCAGAUGCCUAUGCUGCACAUAUCCGUGGAGCCAAGCAUCAGAAGUUGGUGAAGCUGCACACAAAGCUGGGAAAGCCCAUACCGUCAACAGAACCAGUGGUUGUGGGUGGUGGAAUUAAGACUACAACAGGUACAACAGCAUCCACUACUACCCCAGUAAAAACUGUGACUACCACUGCAGCAAAACCUGCAAUACCAGGGGCUGCCAAGAAAACUGUUACUGCAGCACCUAAGAUUAAUUUUGUUGCAGCUGGGUCCUUGGGGACAGUUGGAACGGCAGCAACAGGUAUCAAGGCUGAGAUAGCUGAAGUAAAAUCUGAGAUAAAGGAAGAGCCUGUUAUGUCUGACUCGGAGCUCGCGCUAAGUGAUAAAGAUGUCCAACCGGUUGGUCAGGACUAUAUCGAGGAAAUUAAGAACGAAGAAGGUAAAGUUAUCAGUUUCAACUGCAAAUUGUGCGAGUGUCGGUUCAAUGAUCCAAAUGCCAAGGAAAUGCAUAUGAAAGGUCGUCGUCAUCGACUUCAGUAUAAGAAGAAGGUGAAUCCAGAAUUGGUUGUGGAUGUGAAGCCAUCUUUGCGGCAACGCAAGCUGCAGGAGGAGAAACUUAGGAGACAACAGAUGAGAGAUGAAUACUGGAGACGCCGUGAUGAGGAGCGGAUGAUGGAAGAGGAAGAAAGGAUGUACUGGGAGGAGCGCCGUCGGUAUGAAGAGGAAGUGGAAUACUUUGAAUGGUACAGACGUUAUGGAAGAGAUCAUCGAGGUUUGCCUCCACCUCCCCCAAGACCUUUUGGGCCAGGUGUGCCACCACUUAUGUUUUUCCCCCAGCCUGUACGUCGUCCUGACUCAAGUGACGACCGUCACGUAAUUGCUCGACAUGCUGAGAUCUACCCAAAAGAAGAUGAGCUGCAAGCUGUUCAGCGUAUCGUAUCACACACUGAGAAGGCACUGAAAUUUGUGUCAGACCAUUUAGCAGACAUGGCUACUGCUGCAGCUAAACAGACAGCUGUGCCUAAGCCUCUUGUUGGCACAGGUGCUAAGACUGCAAUAGGUGUUGGGGCCAAGGUUGGAACACCACCAGUUAAAACUGGCACAAUAGGUAAACCUGCGCCUGGAUUGAAACCUGCUGUUGGAACCAAGGUAGUUCCUGGAGCCUCACCAGUAGCUAAGCCUGCAGGCCAAGGUCCAGUACCAUCAUCAGCAAUGACAAAUAAAACAGAACCUGUAGAGAAACCUAAACCAGAUAUGUCGAAAGAAGACAAGAAGGAAGAUGGUCGUGAUGGGAAUCUAUUCUCAUUUCAUCGGGAUAAGGAUGACAGUCAGGUACCACGUGUACUGAAGGGUGUUAUGCGUGUCGGAGUCUUGGCUAAGGGUCUGCUCCUGCAUGGUGAUACAGCUGUGAAUCUCGUCGUACUAUGUGCAGAGAAGCCUACUAGGACUCUCCUUAAUAAGGUGGUUGAGAAUCUCCCCAAGCAGCUCCAGGUUGUUGCUCCAGAAGAUGCGUACAAGGUGCAUCGAAAACUUGAAGAAUCUGCUAUUAUUGUAAUGGGAGUGAAAGAACCACAUAUCACUGUCACAAUAACCCUGACAUCCCCAAUUAUGCGUGAGCAGUUACUGACUCUUGAAGGAAGUGGUGACUCAGUGUCUGUGAGUCAGGCGCAGGCCACCAAGGAUCCGCCAGACGUGCUCGACAAGCAGAAAUGUUUGGAUGCCCUGGCAGCUUUGAGGCAUGCCAAGUGGUUCCAGGCUAGGGCAACUGGACUGCAAAGCUGCGUGAUGGUGAUCCGAAUCCUUCGAGAUCUGUGUCAGCGAGUUCCCACCUGGGCGCCUCUUAACAGCUGGGCGAUGGAAUUGCUCGUAGAGAAAGUUAUUAGUUCAGCUGCACAGCCGCUGAGCCCUGGGGAUGCACUGCGCCGAAUUAUGGAAGCACUGGCGUCUGGUAUUCUUCUGCCAGGUGGACCAGGUCUCUUGGAUCCAUGUGAGAAGGAUCCAUCGGAUGCUGCCGGGAACAUGCUGCCUCAGCAGAGAGAGGAUAUUACUGCUUCAGCACAGCAUGCAUUACGAUUGAUAGCCUUCCGUCAAAUACACAAGGUGUUGGGAAUGGAUCCAUUACCACCUCCAAAAUUUACCCGUGGAAGAUUCAAUCGCAAACGUAGGCGUGAUAAUAGCAGUGGAGAAGGCAAUGACUCUGAAGCUGGAGAUGGGAAAAAGGAUAAGAAGGAGGAUGUUGAUGAAAAGAUGGAGACAGAGAAAAGUGGAAAGUGAACAACCAUGCAUAUAUGAAUCAGUGAAUGUUGCAGUAGCAUUCUUAAAAAUAUGUCAUCUUAGAACAAUAUUGUGUGAAGAAGUCACUCACCUCUUUUCUGUUUAGUGUUUUUCAUGUGCCUGUAAACCUUUGGCAGUUGCAGUCAUACAUGCUGCAGUUUAUUAGAAUUUUGCACAUAAUUGUUCUCAUUGCAGUCAGUUGCGUAUAUACUUUGAUAACAUUGUCACCUUAUUCAUACCAAGCGCCACAUGACUAUUGUAAGACAUUUUUCUUCGCGAAUUGAUACAUCUUGGUUAGCUGAAGUAUGAAGUUCCAGCCAAUAAGUCUUGGGAUGCUUUUAAUUCUGUUAGAGAAUUAUUUUUGACUUAGUGGUGAGUAACUAAGCUGUAGGAAACAUUUCUGUGUUUAAUGAGUGAAUAUUUUAAGGUUUCCAAGUUAUCAUUCCUUUGAUGCAAAUUCCAUUUGUCACUGUAUUUGCCAUUGUGAAUAAAAAUAGAAUAAUUUGUUUCCAUUAUCUCAUAUCUUGUAAUAUAAGAAAGUUCAUUGGCAGUUUAUAAUUGAUGGAAUUUUUGUUACUUCUGCACAGUAUAAUCAAAAAUUUGUCACAGGGUCAUGAGCAGCAUUGUUACUGUUAACAGAAAUGGUGCUGGAUUGGGAAUGGCUGUAAAUAGAAGCUAAAAACCAA